AUCGGCUGCUUGUAUAAAUCUGGAAGCGCCGCCUUCCCAUUCAGCAGUUGUUGCAUCGACCCCGUUGGGUACAACACGCGACGCAAACCCACCGUUUUUUAGAAAAGCCUCUUUUUUUCCUUCCUUCUCUUCCUCUUUAAACCUCAAACGAAAACAUGCGUGAGUGCAUCUCCAUCCACGUUGGUCAGGCCGGUGUCCAGAUCGGCAAUGCCUGCUGGGAGCUUUACUGCCUUGAACAUGGGAUCCAGCCGGAUGGACAGAUGCCCAGCGACAAGACUCUUGGAGGAGGAGACGAUUCCUUCAACACCUUCUUCAGCGAGACUGGAGCUGGAAAACACGUCCCCAGAGCUGUGUUUGUGGACCUGGAGCCCACUGUCAUCGAUGAGGUUCGCACUGGUACCUACCGCCAGCUGUUCCAUCCUGAGCAGCUGAUCACCGGCAAAGAGGACGCUGCCAACAACUACGCCCGUGGACACUACACCAUCGGUAAAGAGAUCAUUGAUCUGGUUCUGGACAGGAUCCGCAAACUGGCUGACCAGUGCACUGGUCUUCAGGGCUUCCUGGUGUUUCACAGCUUCGGUGGAGGCACCGGCUCUGGUUUCACCUCCCUGCUGAUGGAGCGUCUGUCUGUGGACUACGGCAAGAAGUCCAAGCUGGAGUUCUCCAUCUACCCAGCUCCCCAGGUGUCCACUGCUGUGGUGGAGCCCUACAACUCCAUCCUGACCACCCACACCACCCUGGAGCACUCUGACUGUGCCUUCAUGGUAGACAACGAGGCCAUCUACGACAUCUGCCGUAGGAACCUCGAUAUCGAGCGUCCCACUUACACCAACCUGAACAGGCUGAUCAGUCAGAUUGUAUCCUCCAUCACCGCUUCUCUUCGUUUUGAUGGUGCCCUGAAUGUUGAUCUGACAGAGUUCCAGACCAACUUGGUGCCAUAUCCCCGUAUCCACUUCCCUCUGGCCACCUAUGCCCCUGUCAUCUCCGCUGAGAAGGCUUACCACGAGCAGCUCUCAGUUGCUGAGAUCACAAACGCCUGCUUUGAGCCGGCCAAUCAGAUGGUGAAAUGUGACCCUCGCCACGGCAAGUACAUGGCUUGCUGCCUUUUGUUCCGUGGUGAUGUGGUGCCCAAAGAUGUCAAUGCUGCCAUUGCCACCAUCAAAACCAAGCGCACCAUCCAGUUUGUGGACUGGUGUCCCACCGGCUUCAAGGUUGGCAUCAACUACCAGCCACCCACUGUGGUUCCUGGUGGAGAUCUGGCCAAGGUCCAGAGGGCCGUGUGCAUGCUGAGCAACACCACUGCUAUUGCAGAGGCCUGGGCUCGGCUGGACCACAAGUUUGAUCUGAUGUACGCUAAGCGUGCCUUUGUUCACUGGUAUGUAGGUGAGGGUAUGGAGGAGGGAGAGUUCUCUGAGGCCAGAGAGGACAUGGCAGCUCUGGAGAAGGAUUAUGAGGAGGUGGGAGUCGACUCCAUUGAGGGCGAGGGAGAGGAGGAAGGAGAGGAGUAUUAAAAAGGGACAUAAAGUCAUUGACCAGCGAAUAAUUGAUUACAAUGUGUCCCUGAAUGCAUUCCAAACAAAUGUCUGUCAGUUUGGCUGUUCAGAUUAAAACUCCUGAAAAAUGUCAAGUUUGGCUAUGUUCUCAAUAAAUUCUCUGUGAUGUGAA